ACUCAAAUCAUCAUGUCCGAACAGCUGACUUUGUACCUUUACAAGAUCGAACUGGCUCUUGCCGAAGCCAAUGCACCCCACAGAACGUACGAGGUUGAUCUCUUGAAUAAACCAGGGUGGUUCGCCAGCAAAGUGAACCCGGUUGGCGAGGUGCCUGUUGUGACAUAUGGGGGACCCAAUGUCGAGCCCGAUGAUCCUUCGCCCCUGUCCGCUAAAAUCGCGGAAUCGAAUGUCAUCCUUGAGUUCUUGGCGGACCUCUAUCCAGACUCUGGCCUCCUGCCAAAGGAUCCUGUUUUACGCGCCAAAGUCCGUUUCUUCAUGGAUGCGAGUACUAAACAUAUCGAGGGAUCGUGUUAUGCCUUCAUCCUAGGGAAGGAGUCGUACGACAAUAUCCUGAAGGGAAUUGAGUUUAUUCAAGAACUUCUUGAGGAGGGUGGAGAUUUCGCGGUUGGAGAUCACUACACUAUCGCAGAUGCAUGCAUCUCUCCGUUUCUCGCAAGGCUCAAGAUGGUCACCGAAACUGACUUAGGUAGAGCACGGGCUCGCAGAUUCCCUGUCGGGAUGGGGUACAAGUUAGGCGAGGAGUUAAAAGGACCCAAAUUUGCCAAAUUCAUGAAAUACGUUCAGCAAAUGGUGAACCGUCCGAGCUUGAAGCAAAGCAAUGAUGAGGAGUUUGUGAUCACAUUCUUUAAGACGAGAUUCAGUGAGCGUGUACAGUGAAGAUAUACCUGUUGACAGGUAGUUAGCUUCGUACGACAGUGAUCUCCAGCU